AUGGUUGAUAACGCAAGUAUAGCAACUAAAUCUGCUUUGCAAGGCUCUUUCUCGUCCGCCAGCAGCCUUCCCCUCCAGGCUCCCUCCGCCUCCUCUCACAGCCCGUUCCCCGGCGCACAGUCCCACCAGCCCGCCAGCGGCGGCAUGAAGCUCGAAGCGGUCAUGGAAAACCUCCAGCGGCAACAGGCAGCGCGACUAGCCCUGGAGGAGAAGCUCCGGCAGGCGGAGACAGAGAAAGACCUCCGUUCCAUGGUGGAGUCCCAGAUACACCAACAAGCUCUGGCUUUCCGCCACUACCAGGCGGCGAUGCGCGGCGCUCUGGCCGCCGGAGUUGCCAACUCGUCCCCCGGAGUUACGCUCCCACACAUGGAAGUCUGCAGAGCCGACGAGGACGGGAACUCCUCCAGACCGGGCAGUGACGAUAAGGACGAGGAGGGAGAUGACAUGGAGGAGCAGGAGAUCAUGGAUGAAGAGGAGGAGGGCGAAGACGAUGUCGGUUAUAACCACUACCAGCACCGGCAGUCCUUGCUCCUCCAGGGAGCCUGUCUGCCUCCAAAGAGCACCCCGAUGCAUCUCAUGGCCAGAGUCCCGGCGUCUUUGGCCCCGGCCCGCCGCGCAGAGUCUCCAUCGGCGCACCCUCAGCCCCAGCACCACGACUGGACCUAUGAGGAGCAGUUCAAACAGUUGUAUGAAUUGGAUGAUGGUGAAAAGCGCAAAGAGUUUCUCGAUGACCUUUUCAGUUUUAUGCAGAAACGGGGGACUCCAGUGAAUCGGAUUCCUAUCAUGGCCAAGCAGGUGUUGGAUCUCUACAUGCUCUACAAGCUCGUCACAGAAAAAGGCGGCUUAGUGGAAGUCAUCAAUAAGAAAAUAUGGCGUGAGAUCACCAAAGGCCUUAACCUCCCUACCUCCAUUACCAGCGCAGCUUUCACUCUCCGAACACAGUAUAUGAAGUACCUCUACCCGUAUGAAUGUGAAAAGCGAGGACUGAGCUCCCCUGGUGAGCUUCAGGCAGCUAUCGACAGCAACCGGCGGGAAGGCCGUCGGCAGAGCUACGGCUCGGCCAUCUUCAACUACUCUCCAGUGGGCACCCCCACCCUCCUGUCCUCACCAAAGAUGCACAUGUCCCACCUCUCCAUGCCCUCACACAACACUGGCCAUAUCUCCCAGCUGCCUGUGAUCAAGAAAGAGGAGCCCAUGAUGGGUAGCUGCCUGCCCAGCCGGGUGGCCCUCCCCAUGUCUCCCAGCAGCCAUCACGCAGCAGCCAUGGCCGCCCAGGCGGCCGCAGCACAGGCAGCGGUGGCCGUCCAGGCGGCAUCCCUGGAGCAGCUCAGAGAGAAGCUGGAGAGUGGUGAACCACCAGAGAAGAGGAUGAUGAUGGUGGCAGAGGAGCAGCAGAGGAUUAUGCAACACGCCCUGCAGCAGAACCUGCUGGCCAUGGCCACCCAGCUGCCCCUCAACAUCAAACUCAACAACAGAGAUGAUAGACAAGAGACCGCAUUGAACCUGUCUACCAACGGUGUCGGACAAAAAUCAGUCAGAUCUUUCUUUCACUUUGAGAUCGUAUUUAUUCACUUUCAGACUUUUGGCCCUGAUCUGAUGUGGGGGAGUGGCGUUGAAAUGUAA